GGGGGUAUGCGUACAGGAGUGGAACAGGCAGAUCAAUAGGCGGGCGUCCUGCUAUCCCGGCCGUGGCGCGCCACUCAUCGCCCGCUCGUCUCCGCGACGCGACGUUGUCCCGAAACCGGACUCAUUACUCCAAUCCACAUUGCGCGCUCCGAGAUGGAGAACAAGCAGUGGUUCUGGCUGACAGCGAGCCUGGUUCUGCUGUGGCUGUCGGUGGCGGCGGCUGGAGAGGCAUGGGAGGAGACCGACCAUGAGGUGCUCGUCAGGAGCGAAAGAGGCGCCAAAAAUAGAGAAACCUGCCGCUAUAACCGGGGAGCCUGGUCAGAAUGCGACUCCAAAACCAACGUGCGCUCCAGAAUGUUAACCCUGAAGAAAGGAGACCCAGACAAUUGCGAACGCACUAAGACCAUCCAAAAGAAAUGCAAAAAAGCUUGCCGCUAUGAGAAGUCUUCUUGGAGCGAGUGCGGGCCCAACGGUGAGAUGUCGAGGACUGACAAGCUGAAGGCGAACAGUGACCCAAGUUGCGACCAGAGCAGGCGCAUCACUAAAAAGUGUAACAAAAACAAACAAGUCAAGUCCUCCAAAGACAAGGGUCGCCGAAAUCGUCAGUAAGCGUCUCAAUAAAAGUAUUUUAGAUUAUUGAUUAAUGAAAGUGUUUGAUCUUUGGUUCUAAUUUACGUACCUAAUAGUGCCAAAAAUAGUGUCAACCAAUAAUGAAUUGCUAUUUUCAAUUUAAUUAUAUUAAGCCAAUAAAUAAAUUAGCUACCACAGUACAAUUUAUCUUAUACAUAGGUAUUGAACUGUAUUAAUUUUAAUGAUAAGUAGGUACAUAUUCAUUUUAUUAUCACGGGUAAGAGAAAUCUUUGAUAUUAAAAUAAAUACAUAAGUACUUAAA